CCCUCCCUUGCUCUCUCUCUUUCAGGGUUUCCUCUUUACACGUUCUCUUUACAAAAUGAACUGGAAAGAGUCUGUUCUUAAAAAAUCUUGGCUACUUCUGAAAAACUGACCAAAGAAAAUUAGGAUUUAUGAAUUGAGGACUUUAUGAAUGCAGGCUUGAAAAACAAACAUUUUUGAGAGAUUGUUCGUAAACAGUUUUGAGAGAUUAUAUGUUUGCGCUUUUCUGGACAAGACGUUUCCCCUCCACUCUUUCUAAACCACAGCAGUUGUCUCCAUUCCUAUUGGACUAUGGUAUAUUCUGGCGCUCUGCCCCUAUCUGGAUUACCUGAUUUCAUUGGAUUAUUCUUUGGAUUACUGAGGAACACUGGUGAAGAUAUAUUGGAUAAAGUGUGCUCUUUUCAACUCAAGCUGUCAACCAUAAAGAUACAAUGACAACAUUUACUAAGCCGUCCAUGCCAGACAUGACAGACAUCUAGAUCACUCCCUCAUUCAACUGUCAUAGAUAGGGCUGCCAGACAGAAACCGUCAGGCUGCACUGAACAGAUCCCCCUCGGACUAACACCCCACAACCAGGAAUCCCUCCUCAGGACAAUGGCCACGGGAGGGAACGGGCUAGGAUCUGACCGGAGCCUGAAAUCCACCUCCAAGACGCCCAGUGCCUCUGACCAGCGGCAGGUGGACAAGGCCCUGAAGAGGCUGGAGAAGCUGCAUCGGCUAUGUACCAACCUCAGGCUGGGCCUGAGGAACAGCCCCCCGUACCUCCCCGGGGUGGUCUCAGAGACAGCCACGCUGCUCACCCAGGUGUGGGAGCCGUACAGGGGGCCUGCAGCUGGGGGGCAGGCCCCCCGGGGGGAUGAGGGGGAGUACCUGAGGAUCCAUGCAAGACACCUGCUGGAUAAGACUAACCGGGCCGUGCUGCUGUUUAAAGAGGGGCGCGAUAAGAUGUUCGAGGAGAUGUCCAGCUACAGGAGAAACUUGACCAAGCUGUCCCUGCUCUUCAGUCACAUGCUCUGUGAGCUAAGGGCCAUGUUUCCCGAGGGAAGCUUUCAAGGCGACACCUUUAGGCUGACUAAGACAGAGGCCGGAGUGUUCUGGAGGCGAGCAUUUGGAAACAAGUGUAUUGUGCAGUGGAGCAGUUUUAAUCAGCAUCUCCGUAGGGUCCAUGACUUUGAAGAGGGGAUGGAGUCCAUGGCUCUAAAGUCAACUGUAGAUCUCACCUGUAACAACCACAUCUCAGUGUUCGAGUUUGACAUCUUCACCAGGCUAUUCCAGCCCUGGAGGUCUCUUCUGAGGAACUGGAACCAGUUGGCAGUGACCCAUCCUGGCUACAUGGCCUUCCUCACCUACGACCAGGUCAAAGCCCGCCUCCAAAACUACCUGCACCAGCCCGGGAGCUACGUCUUCCGUCUGAGCUGCACUCAGAUGGGCCAGUGGGCCAUUGGUCAUGUGACUGGUGAUGGCGACAUCGUACAGACGAUCCCCCAGAAUACACCUCUCUACCAGGCCCUCAUCCAGGGCUUCAGGGAGGGCUGCUAUCUUUACCCUGACGGACGUGAUGUGAACCCAGACCUCACCAGUCUGUGUGAACCAGCACAGAGAAGCAGGGUCAAAGUCACAGAGGACGAGUAUGAGAUGUACUGUGAGAUGGGUAGUACCUUCCAGCUGUGUAAGAGCUGUACAGAGAGAGACAAGGACACACGCAUCCAGCCCUGCGGACACCUGCUGUGCCAACCCUGCCUCACGGGAUGGCAGAAGUCGGAUGGACACACCUGCCCUUACUGUCGCUGUGACAUCAGAGGGACAGAGUCAAUCCUGGUGGAGCCUUACCUGUCUGUCAGCGAGGAAGAGGAAGAGGAAGAUGACCUGGAGGAUGUACAGCUAGUCAUGAAAAACCUGGCCUAUAUGAAGAGGAUGUCGUCUGAAGAAUACCAGUUCCCCAGCUCUCGCCUCGUUCCACCCCUCCCUCCCAAACAGAGCACCUCCUCCCACUGCCCUUCCCCACAAGCCCCCUUACGGCCCUCUGUGCCCGAUAUACUGGCCAAAUACUCCCACUCUAACUCGCGUUCUGCUCACAGUGACACCCCCUCAGACAGAGCGCUCACACACCACACUGCCAGCACUAACAGUGAGGAUUCUGUCUCAGAGCCAAACCUCCACUCCUGUUGUGUCUCCUCCCAGUCCCAAGGAGAGGGUGGAGCAGCCUGGUUAGGGGCCUCAGAUUCAGUGAAACAGAAGAGACAAAGAAAGGAGUGAACGGACGUCAGAGUUCGGGUGCAGCCAGAGAGAGCGGGAGAGAACCAUGUCCUCCUGACUCUGGGAGAAAAGAUAAGCACAACAUCUCUGACUGACUCAAGAAUGGAUGGAUAAUAGGAAUAAGAAAGGUCCAUUUCCACUGUUCCUGAAAAACAGCCAUUGUUAAUCUUCUGUACCUUAUGUAUACAGU